CUGUGCUUCUUCCCAGGCCCCACCAUGUCCGGGCCGCAGACCCCAGAGCCGGCCCGCCGCACGCAGGGAGACUCCCCCACGGGCACAGGGGGCGAGGACACCGCCGACGGGAUCCAGCACUCACAACGCAUGCUCAGCUUCAGUGAUGCGCUCCUGUCCAUCAUCGCCACUGUGAUGAUCCUGCCUGUGACCCACACGGAGAUCUCCCCAGAACAGUUUGACAAAAGUAUACAGAGACUUCUAGCAACCAGGAUUGCCGUCUACCUGAUGACGUUUCUCAUUGUGACUGUGGCCUGGGCAGCACAUACAAGAUUGUUCCAGGUUGUUGGGAAGAUAGACGACACACUUGCCUUGCUCAACCUGGCCUGCAUGAUGACCAUCACUUUCCUACCUUUCACCUUUUCCUUAAUGGUGACCUUCCCGGAGGUGCCUCUGGGCAUCUUCUUGUUCUGUCUGUGUGUGAUCGCCAUCGGGGCCGUGCAGGCGCUGAUCGUGGUGUACGCGUUCCACUUCCCCCACCUCCUGAACCCCCAGAUAGAGAGCUCCACCCACAGGACCCUGUAUCGGCAGCACAUCCUGGGCAUCGUCCUCAGGGGCCCGGCCUUGUGUUUCGCUGCUGCUGGCUUCUCCCUGUUUUUCUACCCCUUGUCGUACCUGCUGAUGGCGACGGUCAUCUUCCUCCCCUACGUCAGCAAGGCCUGCAGCUGGUGCAAGGGCAGGCUUGUGGGCCCCCAAGAGCCCCCAGCUCACAGUGUGGAGUUCUUCACAUUUGACCUGCAUGAGCCUCUCAGCAAGGAGCGGGUGGAGGCCUUCAGCGACGGGGUCUAUGCCAUCGUGGCCACACUCCUCAUCCUGGACAUCUGGUAAGGACCCAGGCCUGAGGAAGGGGUCUGUGGCAUGCCUGU